AUGACAAAAGUCGAUAUUAUCAGCGAUGAAGAAGAGGAGACGUCACGAUUGUUAUCACCAUUUCAUCCAAAAUUCAAGUCAACAAAACUGAUGUCCAAAUCAAACAACAACAGCUCAUACCAAACCAUAUGUGAUGACAACGACAAGCACAGGGAGGUCAGUGAGAAACACCAGUCGUCAGAUAUGAAUGCAAAUAAUUCAAUGACCGGCUCAACGAUGGGCCAUAACUCUCGGGCGCCGUCGGUAGCAUCGCUGGCGUCGUCGACGGCAUUGACAGUGACCUACAAAUCGGAGACCAAUCUUCUGACCGCCGCUAAUGAGCCUCAAAAGCGACGCCAUAUACCAGCACUGGGCAUAUUUUUGGCAUUUAUGUCUGUGCUCUGCUACUCCCUGGGCUCGGCUAUUGUCAACCUAUUACCUGCAUUGCACUCAUUGGAGAUAUUGCUUAUUAGGUCAACAUUUCAAUUCAUAUCAUUCGGAUUUCUAGUGUUAGUGAGAGGCUAUAGUAUAGUGCCGGCCGACGGCCAUCACAUGUAUCUGGCCUUACGGUGUAUAUCGGGAACAAUAACACUGACCACAGUGUUUGUCGCCUAUCGGAUGAUGCCGUUGGCCGAUGCGUCGACCAUACAGUUUUCCUCACCCGUAUUUGUGGCCAUAUUUGCCUAUUUUAUGCUUCGGGAGCUACUGUCGUGGCUUCAGGCAGUAGCCGGUUUGGUCACACUGGUCGGCGUAGUGGUCAUUGCUCAGCCGGAAUUCAUAUUCGGGUCUCAAGCGGAUACAGUGUACGACCAGCGACUACUCGGUACUGUCCUGGCAGUGGUCAGUUCGCUAUCGGGUGCUUUCAGUAUGAUAACACUACGUAAACUAAAGUCGACACCCGUACCCGUUAUUGUUAUGUGGUACGCACUGGUAGUUAUUGUUGUCACUUUGAUUAUAUUGUUUGCAUUGGACGCACUGGUAAUGCCUUGGGGUUGGUAUACCUGGGGAUUGUUGAUUGGUGUCGGUGUGUUUGGUGUAGGUGACCAGUAUUUUGUAUCGAAAGCCAUGCAGUAUGAAAAUGCCGGACCGGUUUCCGUUACCCGUACGCUGACAGUGGUCAUGACUUUCGUAUGGGAGGCCGUAAUAUUGGGUGAGACCAUCGAAUGGCUGUCCCUAUUGGGCGCCACUAUUAUUACAUCAUGUAUACUGUUGCUGGCAGUGGACAAGUGGCGACACGAGUCGCCCGAAACGUUUAGCCGACUUUCAAGCUAUUGUUGUUGUUAUUGUCGUUGUCGGGAAAUGUCGGACGACUACUACGAUAGCGAGGAAACGCUGGGAAAGCCGUUUGCCGACAGAUAUGCCGACCAAUACUACGACAGUAUCACUGAUUAUAAACAUAGGAAUCAGUUAUAUUAUAAUCAGUUUGAAGUGGCUAUCGAUGGCUCGCCAAACGGUCCUAAUGUAACACAAAAAUAA